GGCUGAGAGUUGCCUCUGCUCUCCCCACACACAGGCACACCUCUCAUCUGGUCUGGGGUGACACCGAGUUGUAGAGAGCAAGGUGGGGAAAACCUCACAGGCUCCCAUCACCACCAUGUGCUAUGGCAAAUGUGCACGGUGCAUCGGACACUCACUGGUGUGGCUUGCUGUGCUCUGCAUCGUAGCUAAUAUUUUGCUUUACUUUCCCAAUGGGGAAACAAAGUAUGCAUCUGAAAAUAACCUCAGCCGCUAUGUGUGGUUCUUUGGUGGCAUUGCAGGAGGAGGCUUGCUGAUGUUCCUGCCUGCCAUAGUCUUCAUGAUGCUGGAGGAGGAGGAGGACUGCUGCGGAUGCUGUGGCCAUGACAACUGUGGCAAGAGAUGUGCGAUGUUUUCUUCUAUAUUUGCUGCUUUUAUUGGACUCUUAGCAUCUGGCUACUGUGUCACCGUGGCAUCUUUGGGUUUAGGAGAAGGACCGUGGUGUCUUGACUCUCUCGGCCAGUGGAACUACACCUUUGCCAACACUAAUGGACAGUACCUUAUGGAUAGCUCCACGUGGUCCCAGUGCAAGGAACCCAAGCACAUAGUAGAGUGGAAUGUAACUCUCUUUUCUCUCCUCUUGGCUUUCGGUGGAAUCGAAUUCAUCUUUUGUCUCAUUCAAAUAAUAAAUGGAUUGCUCGGAGGCAUUUGUGGCUACUGCUGCUCUCGUCAGCAGGUAAGAACCUGUGAGAAAAUGCCUCCAGGACAGAACCAUAAGCUUCCUCUAUUUCACUGUAAUUUAUACAUGUACUUGUAUUAUUGUAAAACUUUGUACUGUGUAUCAUACUCCUCAUAUUCUACUUUUAUAAAUGUGUAUAAAGACCGGCGUUCUAACAUGAUUUCAGUGUUUGAGCACCCAUUUCAGUGUUUGAACUUAGCAAACCAACUUUUUUUUUAAGGAAUGAGAAAAACAGUACUGGAGGUAAUGUAAACUUUGUAAUGUUUAGGAUAAAAGUGCCUUUCCAAUUACAAUUGUAUAUAUGUGUAUGUGUUUUAAAUGAAAGAUGUCUCAUUGCUUUUAAGACCAAGAAGAAAGAAACCCAAGAUGUUGUGUAUCAUUGCUUAUAUGGUGUUUCCCAUUUCUAUGCCUAUAUACCUCUAACCAGAGGCCUUUUGGACUAUUUUAGUUCUGUGCAACAUGAACUCUUGCCUGGGUUUGGAGGCCUAAUUGAAAGUAUUCCAUCCUAAUUGAAAAUAUUUGAAGGAGUCAAAACAUGCAAUGCUACAAGUUGCUGUGGACUCCCACCAGAUCCUAAUUUUGUUUUUAACAUGUGAAAAAUUUUUUGUUCUUUGAAGAAAGACCAAAUGUGUAAAGAGGAAAAGAGCAGAAAACUGGGCAAGAAGAUGGGAAAUGGACUAGAGCAUUGGUCAGCAUGGUGGGAAAUGACAGGGGUAUAGGGGUGGAAAGACCACAGGGACACUCCCCCAGACUUGAUCACCUGUCGCAAAAUAAAGUAUUAAUUUCAUGGUC